ACUUCCUCAUUUCUAUAAUAUUGGGUUAGUGGUGUCCAGUAGGUUGCACUCGAGCUGCGCUUGUGCGGAGAAGCAACAGCAGCUGGAAAACAAGCACUGCAAACCAGUUUAUUUAGUGGCCCACUAGGUAAAAGAGCGAGUUGCCGCUCUCUUAGCUGCCUACGCAGCUCGGGUCUCAGCUGACGCAGCUGCCGCUUUGGUUUGCUGUCUUUUUGCCAAAACUCACAAUUUUGCACAUUCGCCUGUUGAGUUGGGUUCGGCCGUUUGAACUCGCAACAACGCGUCGCGUGUGCAGAUUGAACACAAAAAUAAAGUUGUUUGGGUGUGAAAAAUGUAAAAUUAAUUCCAUAUACGCGACGUUUAACAUUUGAGAGAGAAAAAUAAAAGAAAUAAGUAGUCAACAGAAAUCAAUUUUCAUAGAUGUGCUUUGAGCUUGUUGACCUGGUUACGGAUAUUUUUUUUUUUUUAAUUAAAUGAGCAAUGGAAUUGCCAGUAUUUUUAUUGCUCUUGCCACUUCUAGGCAGCCUUUGCGUUGUAGCCACGAUAAAUGAUGCAACAGCCGCAGCAGCAGCAGCGAGGCAUCGCAAAAAUGCAACAGAGACAAGAGUAGCUCCAACCGAGGUCUUUAUCCACAACAGUAGCCGUGCCAGCGGUUCCCGCGGCCAUAGAUCGCGCGCUGUUGCACAAUACAAACUACCGCUCGAUGGUGCACCAGCGCCGCUGGACAGCAGAGAGGCCAGCGUCAGAGUGCAGCCCAUGCGCAGGCGUAACCAGGUGGUGCUGCGCCGCAGGCCAACGACAACAACAACGUCGAGCACAACGACAACAACGUCAACCACAACGACGACGACGACGACAACAACAACAACUCCGCGUCCGAGUUUGGCCAACGGCUUCAAUUUCUUCAAUCCGAGCUUUUGGAGUUUUGGCCAGCAGAGCCUGGUGCCAGUGAGUGCGCCCACAAAACAUCCACAUCCGCCCAAGAAGUUCACGCACUCAACGGCAACCGGCUCCAAGGAGGAGAAACUCAACUAUCGCAAGCAACAAAAGACAACACCGAAUCCAAGGCACAAAUCGAGUAGCUCAACGACAACAUCUACCACCACGGAGGGUCCAUUCCGCAUAGCACUGCCAACGCUUACAUUUCCCAGCGCUGCGGGCGGCGCCACCGACAAGGAGAAGGAUAAGCGAGCUGCAGCCGAUCUGCGCCAGCGUUUCAAUUGUCCGCGCGAGAACGAGGUGCGUUUUCAGCUAUUUCCAAAGAUCUGCAAGUCCGAUAAGGACUGCUUAGUUUGGCAGCGGGACGAGAUCUGCUGCGACAUCUUUGGCGCCAGCAGCUGCGUAGCGGGAGUUGCCAAGCCCCUGGAAGAAACAGAGCACGCACCCAUAUUGGGCUUGAUACCGCGCAAGUGUCCGGCGCGUCCGCUGGCCGAACUCUGGUGGGAUGUGCAGGAAUGCCGCACAGAUAUGGACUGCUGGCCGCGUGUCUGUUGCCCGGAUGGACGCCGGCGCUAUUGCCGCACCUCCCAGCCGGAGCUGCAGACAGUUCCGGUGCCGGUCAAGCGCUCCUUCGACUACCUGACGGAGUACUUGGAGUGUACAGCACCGCCGCCGACCAUUUUUGAUCUGCAUCCAAAAUCCUGCACCUCCACGCUGGACUGCUUUCCAAAUGUGUGCUGCCAGGAGGCGGGCCUGCGACACUGUCGUCCGCCCAAGAAGUCUGUGCUCACACUGAUGGCCAACUUUCUGAACGUGGACUUUGUGAAGCGUUUGACCCAGAACAUCGUUAUCAAGUAGUUACAAUUCAGCUAACAUACACAGGCACAUUCAUCUGCACACAUGUACAUACAUGCAUACAUGCAUAAAUGUAUUUAUAUACACAAAUCGUUUAUACGAGCACAUUCUGUUUUUCAAUUGCGUGAAGUUGAGGCUUUGCCUAUUUUAUUUAUUUUUUUUUAGUAGAAUGCACACAUUUGAAAACUGUUUUUGACUUGUUAUUUUUAAUAAACAGUUGAUACGUGCUAAAUAAUAUUUAUGCAGCAAGCAUUUUUAUUGCUUAUAAAAAAUGUGUUUCCCAACACUCAAAACAACGUUUGUGAUUCACGUAUAAACGAGCCUGUUCAUGCCAACAUUUACAGUUAUGCGACUGAGUACUUUUAUUUACUCAAUUUCGAAAUUGUUGUUAUUCUUUAACUGAUAACUGUUAUGUGUACAUACGUAGAUACAGUGGAACCAGCAAUGAGACCUUCUUAAACUGUACUUUUAGUCUUAGAUAAUAAAAGUGAUUUAUCAACGCUUCCACUUUGA